AUGCUGUUAUUUGGUAGUGCUAGGCGUUGUGUGCACGGAUGGAGUCAUGUUGCGAAACAACUCGGAAAAUACGGGGUUGAUGAGGUUGCGAUCAGUAAACUGCGGUUGUUGCAAGAGAACACUGCGAUUCGAUGUGGUGUGCUUAUGAACACUCGCCAGGGAUCAUUUGGUAGUGCUUUUGUUACCGAUAAGGAGGCAUUAGGGAGCUCCUGGGUGCCCACUUUGAUUAACCGGUGGGUUAAUGAGGAUAAGACGCCAGUGUUGAUGAAGUAUGGGGACCAGUUCCGUGAGAUCAAUGGGGAGGUCCGCACUUUUGAGAUUCCUUCCAGUUUCUUGAAGGAGACCAACGCUGAGAUUCUUGAAAUUCCAGAGCAAGACCAAAGCAAGGACAAGCGGUUACCGCACGUUCAUGAUGGUUGUCAUGUGUACUUAGAUAUAAGAGGUGACCCAACUGUCAGCCAACCGACAUGGCCUACUAUAGAGAUUGAGGAUGUGCUCUCGAAAGGCAAAUUAUUGCUGACUAACCAGAUAGAUUCACAAAUGGCCUUAGAAUCUCUGUUGAAAUAUAACAACUCUACUAUUAGUGAAUACCUUAAUAAACAAAACGCAUCCAAUUUUGAUAGAAUAAGAGCAAAAUUAGUUGAUAAAUUAAAAGACGGUAAUCUGAUUCGGACAGAGUUGAAAUCCUCGAUACGAAGAUACUUGCAGAGUACAGAUAGAGAUAUCUCUAAUGAAAAAAGGCUAAUAGGUAAAAGAGAUUUAACCAAUGAGGAGAUUGACAAAUGGGCGGAGUGUUCUCAUAAAACUCUGCGAGAUGAAAUUGUACCCUCAUUUUUGUCCUUUGCAAGAGCUCACUUAUCCCUGUGGAAGCUUUAUACGUAUUCACCAGCGAAGUUGAAACUGAACUUUAUGGAGUACUGUAUGAUCCCAUUAUACAAAGUGCAUGAAAUUGAAAACAGUGCAAAAGUACUUGAAGCGAAUAUGUUCCGUGAAUUUGAUCUAGAAACAGUUAGUGCUCAAGUAAUGACACCAAUUCUUCCUACGACUGAAAUUCAAAAGAUUGGUAGAAUACAAACUGAAAUCAAUAAAGCAAUCUACAAGCAAUUCUUCACAAUUCAGCUGCCAAUGGUACUUUGUGCUUUAUUGGGCGUCGUAUCAGAGCAAUUUUCUGCCUAUUAUAUGGGUUCAUUGGCGGCAUUAGGCAUUGUGCUUGGAUUUUGGAGGUGUAUGAAACAAUGGCAGUAUAUACUGAAUGGAUAUACGAGAAAGGUCGCAUUUCUUUUGAAGGAUAGGAUUGAACUAAGGAGAGCUGAGCUAAAAAAAUUAAGUGACCGAUGCUUCGAAGAGAAAGCAUUAGCUGCAAAGAAAAAGAAAGAGCUCCUGGAACCAUUAUUAGAAGUAGAUCUGAGACAAAAGAAUAAAAAAUGCUAA